UGAAACGUUAUGUUAUGUUUUGUUCUCCUAAAUGCAUGGACUAUUACCCUCCAUUUUCCUCCACUUGUAGAAUACAUUAUUAUUGCUCCUUUAAAAUGAGCGCCGCUGCCAUUUAAAGCACCAACUACUCAGCUCAAUCAAUUCCACUGCCUUUUCUUUUUAAUGAUUUAUGCAAGUUUGUUGUAGUAGUACUGUACUGACUUCUAAACCAGAAGUGAUAUUUUAAUGGGGAAGAUUGGUGGAGCAAGCUCUUGGUUGACUCUGGUCAAAAGGGCUUUCAGGUCUCCUACUAAGGAGACUAAUAAUGAGAAAAGAAGUAGUAAUAGUAGAAGAAGAGAAGAGAAUGAACCAGAGGAAGAAGAAGAAGAAGAAGAAAAGAAGAGAGGAAAAAGGAGAUGGAUUUUCAGGAAGCAGCUGAAUCAGCAAGAAAAAAAAGUCAUACAACAUUGUGAAACUAGGACCAUAACAACUACUGCUAAGAUCACUGCUGCUGUGACUAUUCCGACCAACAAUCCUUCCGGUUCUCUCGAGGCAGCUUCUACUGAUCGUAAUAAUAACAAGCAUAGAUCUUCUUCUUCAUCACAUGCUCUUGCUGUGGCCAUGGCCACAACAGCAGCUGCCAAAGCUGCAGUGGCGACAGCUCAAGCAGCCGUGGAAGUUGUUCGUCUAAGCAGUACUAGGCCUUCAUUGUACAUUAAAGACUUGGCUGCCAUGACUAUUCAGACCGCUUUCAGAGGAUAUCUGGCAAGAAGAGCUCUUCGGGCACUUAAGGGACUGGUAAAGCUGCAAGCUUUGGUAAGAGGUCAUAAUGUUAGAAAGCGUGCAAAGAUGACCCUUCAGUGCAUGCAAGCUCUGGUUCGAGUUCAGGCUCGAGUUUUGGACCAGCGCACCAGAAGACUUUCUCUGGAAGAAAGCUUUGUUUCUUCUAUGCUUAACGAUCCCAUAAGCUUAAGAAGAUCAUCAUACAAUGUUAAUGCUAACAGGAAGUCCCUUUCUAGAGAAGAAAGUAGAGUAGUUAGUGAAGAUGAUUUAGCUCACUGGGAUAAUGAGCAUUCAGAAUCAGCACAAACGCUGGAGCAUAUUGAAGCCAUGCUAAGGAAAACAAAAGAAGCAGCCACCAAACGUGAAAGGGCUCUUUCUUAUGCCUUUUCUCAACAGAUGUGGCGAAAUGAGUGUUGUGUGGACCAAGUUGAAAGCGAACCAGAACCAGAAGGGUGCUGGACUAGGAGACAUAGUCUCAAUAAGCAGUGGGAGAGCACAGGAAGAGCUUCAUGUGAUCAUAUCAUAGACCCAAUUAAAACAGUUGAAAUUGACACAUAUCGACCUUAUUCUAACUUAAGCCCCAUACCCCACAGAGCACAACAUCACAAUCAACAUAACUACCAACGCCAACAACAGCAACAAAGGCCUCAGAAUUCGUAUUGUUACUUCACUCCUCCAGCCCAAGUCCAAUACCAACAACCUCUAACACCACCCUCUUCAAAGCUCAGAAAUCUUCACAACUUGACCAACACCAUUAGCCCCCGUUGCAUCAACAAAACGCCACCCUAUAACUACAUGGCUGCAACGGCCUCAGCCAAGGCCCGGUCUCAAAGUGCGCCGAGGCAAAGGGCCUCUCCAACGGUGACCCCAGAAGCAGAGAAGACGACAGCAGCAGGGCCGUCAGCUAGGAAACGACUGUCGUUUCCUGUUGCUGGUGAGGCCAAUGGAAGCCGCAGCAGCAGCCACCAGCAGAGGUCGAGCGUUUCAUCUCGUUGCUCGGACAGCGAGACUUCUCCUCUCAGAAGCAAUGAGUCUAGGCAGAGAAGGUGGUUGAGGUAGCUUAAGAGAUGUGUUAAACGAUAUUGUUCAUGAUUUCAUGGUUAGAAGAAUCAAUGAGUUUCUUUGGUUACUUAAGUGUCUGCAUUGAACUGUAAUGGCUCUAGUUUCAGAAGAAUAAAAAAUGUAUGGAAUGUUUCUGUUGCUACUGCACUCACAUUCCCUUUUCUCA